AUGUUUGCUUUAAGAUCAAUUCGUUCAGCUACUAAAGCUUUCCAAACCACUUCAAUUGUUUCUCAAAGAGGAUUUUUACAAACUACCCUUAAAAACGUCCUCUUCCCAACUGAAAGACAAUUAAGACGUCAAUACUUAGCUGAUAAUCACAUCAAAGUAGGUUCACCAGAAUUCGAUAAAUUUUAUGAAGAUUUACAACCAUCAGAACUCUCAAAACAAUCUGGUUUAAGUGAUGCCCUCCUCGAUGACCCAAUCCUCCACAUUUGUGUCAUCAAAUACAACAAAAACAUUGUCCAAAGAUACAACUUAACCCCAGAACAAGAAAAAGAUAUCAUGGAAAACUAUAACGUUAGUGCUGGUGACCCAUCACUCGAACAAAUUUUACCAAUCCCAGUCCCAGCACAUAUCUUCGAAGAGUUACCAAUUGUCAAAGUUUUAAAUAACUAA